GCCAACGUUCUAACUCGAAUCCUUUCGGUGCUGGUUAGGGUGGCAACUGCGGGUUCACGUCGGGUAACCGCCUGGCUCAUACAGGUUCUGCUAGUAGUCCUGUCUUGAAUUGUCCGUAGGGAAUUGUGUCUUAACUGAUUGCAGAAGCGUUUGACAGGUCAAGACACAGAAUGGCUGCACUGCGUCGUCUGAGGCAGUGCCACCCCACAGGCAUGGCUAUCUCUCAUCUUCACAUGAGCAGCCGGGCCUCUGCUAAACAGCAUUACAAAAUGCUUGUGCUCGGAGGAGGAAGUGGGGGAAUUGCAAUGAGUGCACGCAUGAAGAGGAUGCUGGGAGCUGAGAAUGUGGCCGUUGUGGAGCCCAGUGAGAUGCACUACUAUCAGCCAAUAUGGACGCUGGUUGGUGCUGGCGCUAAAACUGUAGCCUCAUCAGGUCGUUCCACCGCAAGUGUUAUGCCAUCUGGAGUACAGUUGGUGAAAUCUAAAGUUCAGGAAAUAAACCCAGACAAGAAUACUGUCCGCACUGACGAUGGGGCUGAAAUCUCCUAUGAGUAUUUGAUUGUGGCCCUUGGUUUACAACUCCAUUAUGAGAAGAUCAAAGGACUGCCAGAAGGAUUUGAACAUCCAAAGAUUGGGUCAAACUACUCAGUCGAAACUGUGGAUAAAACAUGGAAAGCACUGCAGACUUUCAAAGAGGGCAAUGCUGUGUUCACUUUCCCAAAUACUCCUGUGAAAUGUGCUGGAGCUCCACAGAAGAUCAUGUACCUAUCGGAUGCCUUUCUCAGAAAGACAGGAAAGAGGGAAAAGGCCAAUAUAAUAUACAACACAUCGCUUCCUGUGCUCUUUGGGAUAAAGAAAUAUGCUGACACAUUGUGGGACAUUGUGAAAAAACGUGACCUACAAGUGAACCUGAGGCAAAACCUGAUUGAAGUGCGGGCAGAUAAGCAAGAAGCUGUGUUCGAAAAUCUUGACAAACCAGGCGAAACCAAAGUGUUUGAGUAUGAAAUGCUUCAUGUCACACCACCAAUGGGUCCUAACUUGGUGGUUAAAGGCAGUCCACUGGCAGAUGAGGCUGGCUGGUUGGACGUCAACAAAGACAACCUCCAACAUAAGAGGUAUCCAAAUGUGUUUGGGAUUGGAGACUGUACAAACCUUCCAACAGCCAAAACGGGUGCUGCUGUCGCUGCACAAUCUGCCAUCUUGAACAGAACCAUCAGCAAAGUACUGAAAAAUGAGAAGCCGGAUAAGACGUAUGAUGGUUACACUUCAUGUCCAUUGGUAACAAGCUACAACACAGUAGUUCUGGCAGAGUUUGACUACAAUGGACAACCACUGGAAACAUUCCCCAUCAACCAAGCCAAAGAAAGAAGACUCAUGUACUACAUGAAAGCUGAUGUUAUGCCUCACCUUUACUGGCAUGGGCUUCUAAGGGGCCUGUGGGGUGGACCAGGACCAUACAGGAAACUCCUUCAUCUUGGGAUGAAAUGAAACCUGAGCAUCAGUUUGCAAGUUAAUAGUUACCUUCCCUAAACCUUCAGGGAACGAAUUAGCUAAUUACAUCUAUCAUUCUCUGAGAGGGUGGAUACAUAUAGUGGCUAACACAGUGGUAAUAUCUAUCAAAUCAAGAUCAAAUCUAUCAAAAUAUCUAUCAAUAUUUAAUAUUCUAGGUUCAGUUAAUCCUGCAGUAAGUGGUGCAUUGACAUUACCUUGAAAAAAAAUGAUUUCCUGUAAUGAGAGAGUUACUUAGCUGACAGUUAACACUCAACUCAGCAGUUCUGUUUCGCUUUUAGCUGCUUAUAGGUCAAUGUUUUUGGUUCUUUUGGCGGCACAUUGAAUGUACGGUCUUUCUGCUGUCAUCAACCCCAUUAUCCAACCAGCAAUGAGAUUUUAAUAGGAGCCAAGAACAAAGGUCUGCAGGGACUACUUUUUUAAGAUGUACUUUUAUAAGCCAGUCACAAUAGGCUCUUCCAAAGUUUACCUUCUUCCUGCAGAGUAUAUUGUCCCGUUUGCCCACAUACAUCCAACAAUAGCUAAUAGUUUAAAGUGUGACAAAGUGUAAAUAAAUCAUCAAGAAUGUCGACGUUUUGGUAAAAUUACAUGAUUGUUUUGCAGGAUAUUGACAGCUGUAAUCAUUGUCUACCACUCAUUAAGAGUGUAAACACGGUAUACAAAUAUAUUCAUAUUACUACAAUUAUAAUUGUGUAUAUUGGUGGAGGUCAGUUAAUUGUGUCUCAUCAUUUUAGGAUUUUAACAGUCUUCAGAUCUGUCUACAACUUAAAUGUUUUCCCCCCCACAGCAUCAUGUUAAUCACUGUGCUACCAAACAUUUUGUACGAGUGGUCUUUGGGAAUGCUUAACCAUCAUCAUACAAACUACCAUAAGUGCUUCUCUUACAUUUAAACAUCAAUGUCCAAAACAGAGUUCUGUACAGUUAUUUUUUCAGUUCUUAACUUCAUUGUAUUAAAAAGAUGAAUUACUUUUAAAUCAUUAAAAUGAAUGUACAUGUGUAAA